AUGCAUCGCUGUCUCACUACUUCCCAAAUACAACAAGAACUGUCGCGAUUGUGUGAUACACAAGAAGAUGUAUCAGGUGAUGAGAGUUUUGACGAUUUAUCAAUGAAUCUCUCUGAAAACGUUGAUGCAGAAUUUCAGCCGGAGCAGGUCACUUCUUCAUCAGACGACUCCGAAGCAGAUUUCCCUGAUACAGGUAACACUUUUACUGUAAAUUUGCGCAGAGGUCGAGGGGUUUCUCGUAGAUCAAUUAGUGGCGGACGAACAGGGCGCGGUGGACGUUCAUCUAGGACAACUUCGGGGCCAGAAGUCGGUAUACUACAGAUAGCAAGUGAUGGCACAGAAUGGACUUGUAUUUCGCCGAACGCUUUUGAAGUAGGACGUUGCAGUCAGCAAAAUAUACUUAGAGAAAUCUCAGGACCUACUCCAUACGCCAAGCGAUAUAUUGAAAAUGACAAACCAAUUUCUGCGUGGAGGCUAUUGAUUGAUGAGUACAUUCUUCGACGUAUAAAGGAAUGUACUGAAAAGGAAGCCCAUGACAAGAGUCAAAAUGAAACUUGGAACUUAUCUCUAGACGAACUAGAUGCCUUUAUUGCUUUGAUUUAUGCUCGUGGAGCCUACAACAUGAGCCACCUUGAUUUGGAUAUCUUGUGGUCUGAAGAUUGGGGGCCACCCGUUUUCAAUAAGACUAUGAGUAAAAAUAGAUACAAGGAAAUCAUGGAAUACUUACGAUUUGAUAUGAGAAGCACGCGUUCUGUUCGUUUAGCUAAUGAUAAAUUUGCAAUGAUUUCUGACACAUGGAAGAAAUUUAUAGAUAAUUGUUAA